AGGCGCCUCCUUAUCCCUAGGCAGACGCCGACUCCCGGUCAGAGCCUCACUCGAGCGGAGACGCUCUGGGGCGCAGCUACUCAGGCGCUCCCUCGCUGCUCCGGCUGAAGCGGGCAACCAUGGACCAUGGCCCCAAAGAAGGGGACGCUGCCGGGCCGACUGCUGGCGGUGCCGCUCGAGGAAAUAAUGCCGCCGCGGCUACUGCCGCCUCCUCCUCCUCCGGCGGCGUGGUCGUGCAAGUACGCGAGAAGAAGGGACCCUUGCGUGCCGCCAUCCCCUACAUGCCGUUCCCUGUAGCCGUCCUGUGCUUGUUCCUCAACACCUUCGUACCUGGACUAGGGACAUUUGUAUCAGCUUUCACAGUCUUGUGUGGAGCCCGGACAGAUCUCCCUGACAGACACAUUUGUUGUGUGUUCUGGUUGAAUAUUGCAGCAGCUCUGAUUCAGAUUCUCACAGCAAUUGUGAUGGUUGGCUGGAUUAUGAGUAUAUUUUGGGGGAUGGACAUGGUCAUUCUUGCCAUUUCACAAGCAGAGCGGAGGUGCAGAUCAGCAGAGAGUGACCUUCACUGAUCACUUGGACAGCUAACACUGCUUAUGGAGACUCCGACAUGUGGAUUUUUGAACUGGCACAGUCAACAUGCCAGGAUGCCAGGCAAGCCAUUCCAAAAGUGGGAGAAAGCCACUGGUUAGGUAGGGAUAUGGCUGAGAAGGAAGAUAACAUUUGAGAAAACAUCACUGAAGAAGUUGCAAUUUUUUCCAUCUUAUGGGAUGAACGACAUGGAAAUAUUUCACCUCCUUUGUGACUUCUUGAGGAAAUGUCCUGAUGUGAAUAUCGGGAAGCAGAGGAAAUAUUGAUAGAUAAUGUGCAAUAUAUCAAAGCAAACAUUUGAAGGGAGUUUCCCCCCACCCCACACAAAGACAUUCUUUGGUGCAGGAAAGUUCAAGUUGUAACUUUCCUGCUUGUGUACGUACUUGUGGGAUUUUUUUGGUGCUUGUUGAAUAACUGUUUUCUGCAACCAAUUUAAGAUUCUGCUUGCUGCUUUUGUAAAUCCUGUCACUAUUGCUUAUCUGUUCAUGCAUUUUGCCACUUUUUACCUUCUGAAUGUUGGAAAGGAGCUGUGAACUCUUUGUCUAACCAGAAGCAAGAAUUUGGCUUUGCUAAAUUUUAUUAUCCACCAUUACUUUUUACAGAUGUUUUAUUCUUAACAGUGAGGACUGGGUUUUAAGAGAUUAUAAUAUGGAGAACAUUUUAUUAUAUACUAUGGAAAAUGAAAGAAGAAAGACGUAAUCUUUUCUGCUCCCUCAAAGAAACUGUGCCAGUAAAUGUUAAUGUAUUUUGGAAAUGUGCAUAUAAAUGAUGGCUAGUAUUUGUAGCUGAGCUGCAGUAAAGGUGUGAUAUCUCUUUCCUAGUAUAUGUGCUCAUAGGGUUAAUUACAGGUAAAACAAGUUAGUAUUUUUAAGAUACAUACAAAAAUAAGGCUGAUAAUUUACUGACAUUAACAGAAGCAAAGCCCUGUUGUGUUGUUACUUAUACAUUCCAAGAC